AUGGCUAAGAAAGCAGAGCUUGUGUUCCUUCCAUCUACACUUCCAGGCCACAUAGUUUCAGCAAUUGAGCUUGCAAAGCUUCUUAUCGCUCGAGAUGAUAGCCUUUCUAUAACAAUUCUCCUCAUCAAAUUUCCCAAAACUCCCAACUUCAAUGCAACAGGAAUUAGGUUCAUCGACCUGCCUCAGCUAGACCCACCUUCACCCAAUACAGCUCAAACCCCAGAAGCCAUCAUAUCAAUCUUCAUGGAAAACCACAAACCACUCGUCAAAGACACAAUAACCCAACUCUUCUUUUCCUCCUCCUCCGACUUUGAUUCUAAAGGAACUCGGUCUCGACUCGUUGGGUUAGUCAUCGAUUUCGUCUGCACCACCAUGAUUGAUAUAGCCAACGAACUCGGUGUCCCUUCCUACCUCUUCUUCACUUCUACGGCAUAUAUGUUGGGUCUUAUGCUUCACCUCCCAGUUCUCGAUGCCCAGAUACACACCGAUUUCAAGGACUUGGCCACCGAGUUGAGCAUCCCGAGUUUUAUUAGCCCAGUCCCUCCACAAGUCUUGCCUCUGCCAAUGUGGACCAGAAACCAGUACGGGUACACUUGGUACCUCAACCAUGGUUGCAGAUUCAGGGAAGUAAAAGGUAUUAUCGUAAAUACAUUUGCCGAGUUAGAACCCUAUGCGGUUCACUCGUUAACCUCUGACGGUCGAACCCCACCUUUGUACCCAGUUGGACCGUUGCUUGAUAUCCAGGGUCAGAUCCUAAAUCCUGAUCAGACCGAUUUCGAGAACAUCAUGAGAUGGCUGGACGAUCAGCCCACGUCAUCCGUGGUAUUCCUAUGCUUUGGCAGCUCUGGGAGCUUCAGUGCACCGCAGAUAAAGGAGAUAGCUCUCGGGCUCGAGCGUAGCGGUCACCGGUUCCUGUGGUCGAUUCGAGAGCCACCACAAGAUAGACUUGCCCUUCCGGGUGAUUACACAAAUCCCGAAGAGGUUCUGCCAGAGGGGUUCUUAGAUCGGACGGCAGGGAGAGGGAUGGUAUGUGGAUGGGUCCCACAAGUGGCUAUGCUGGCCCACCGUGCGAUAGGUGGGUUCGUGUCACAUUGUGGGUGGAACUCGAUAUUGGAGAGCUUGUGGUUUGAUGUGCCGAUCGCAGCGUGGCCACUGUACGCAGAGCAGCACCUGAAUGGGUUCGAGAUGGUGAAGGAGUUGGGAGGGUUAGCAGUGGAGUUGAAGAUGGAUUUUAGGGGAGGGGAUGAUGAUUUGGUGAUGGCGGAGGAGGUUGAGAUAGCAGUGAGGCGUUUGAUGGAUUCAGAUUGUGAGGUGACAAAGAAGGUAAAGGAGAUGAGUGAGAAGAGCAGGAGAGCUUUGAUGGACGGUGGAUCUUCAUUUAUUUCAUUGGGACGCUUGAUUAAGGAUCUAAUGGAGAAUUGAGAAACUGGGAAUCGAGGUAGGUAAGCACCAGUGCGAUCGCUU